UACGUUUUCUGCUGUUCUAGUUUUGCCGCUGUUUUUCGUUUUUGUUUCGGAUUUCUUUUUAUUGUCGAUUUCCGAGAUGAAACGCGCAAAAGAUCCAACUUUCUGCCUUUUUAUCGUUAUCUAAUCGUUGGAUACACAUCUAAGAAUUAAGAGUCGUAUUUUAUCGUGUUUAUGAGAUAUUUUACUUGAUUUGUGUACUUUGCUCAGCUGCAUUUUUGAGGUUGUUUUGCUCAUUUCUAUCAAUCAUAUUUAUAUCUGGUUUCACACUGAGGUCACCGGCUUUGUUUUGUGUUCAGUUUCUUAACUGAGGAAUGGAACAAAAAAAUUUUCUUGAUCAAGUCCGUGGUUUUCGUAAUAAUAGCCUAAAGAAAGUUAGUACAAAAGUAACUGCUGCUGAUGGUCAACAGUUUAUUGAAACUCUUGAAGAUGGGGCUUACUCUGUCCAUAAGCAAUCAGUGAUUUCAGCUGGUUAUGUUAUUGACAACAGAGCAGACAUUACAGUAUCAUUAAUUAUGCCUGGUUUGAUACUUGGUUCCCAAGAUGUUGCUGCAGAACUACAGAUACUUGAAGAUUUUAAUGUGACACAUAUUUUAAAUAUAGGUUUCAGAAUUCCCAAUCACUUUGAAUCAAAAUUUAUUUAUAAAAAUGUUGAAAUACUUGAUGACCCUGGUAGCGAUAUCAAAAUAUUUUUUGAGGGUUGCUUUGAUUUUAUUGAUGAUGGUCGACAAGAAGGGUGCGUAUUAGUACAUUGUAAUGCUGGAGUUUCUCGAGCGCCUACCAUUGUCAUAGCCUAUUUAAUGAAUAGGUGCAAAAUGACUCUGAAGGAAGCUUAUAGCUUGGUAAAGAGUGUCAGAUCUUGUGUUAGGCCUAAUGAUGGUUUUAUGAAAGUUUUAGAAGAGUACGAAAAAGAACUUCAUGAUUCGAAUGAUAAUCAACAAUAAAGUACAAAGAUUUGUUGUGUUUUUUAUAGUUUUCUUACAGCAGUUUUUAAUGAAUAGAAGUGUUGUUUUUACAGAUUUUUUAAAAUUUUGUACAUAUUUGAAACAUUUAAAUGUGUGUUAUGUUGUUGGAUUUUAUAGACCAGAUCAUGAUUUUACUUGUUUUAUACCACAAUUCUAUGAGUAUAUUUUUUAAAUUUGAAACAUAUAAAUAUUUUGAAUGAGUUCAAACCAUUUUAUAAAGAUAAUAAACUGUCCAUGUUUAUAUUUUUAAAGCUUAUCUUUUGAUUUUUUUUCAUUGGAAAUGCUGUGAAGUUUAUAUGCUUGAUAAUUAUCUAUUUAUUACUGUGAGAAAAUAAUAAAAUGUUAUUGUUGAAAUACACCAAUAUCAUUCAUUCA